AUGGCUAAAUAUCAUGAGAGCUUCGCAACGCCCUACUCGGCCGUCAUCGACAACGACGACGAUGACGAGGCGGCCCCGAGCGGUUGUUUCUGCUUCGGGCGGGGCGGCGGAAGCAAGUACCUCUUGCAAGAAAGCGGCGUACAUGAGAAGGCGUGGGUGGCGACUCAAUUCCAGAAAAUGAAGCAGUGGUCGGAGGUGGUGGCGGGCCCCAAAUGGAAGAACUUGAUCAGGAAGAUAGGCAGGCUGUGCCACUGUCCGAAGAAGCAGCCGCCGUUUCAGUACUCGCCGGAGAGCUACGCCCUCAACUUCGCCGCCGAUCAAGAAGAAGCUAACCCGUUGCACAGUUUCUCCGCCAGGUUUGGGCCUCGUGUGCCCAUCAACCAUGCUGCUCUUGCUUCUUAA